AACAGGAGUGGCAUGAGGAGGAGGAGACAGAGAAAUUCGGGCACAUGAUGAGGAUGAGAGUGACUCAACAUUCAGGUGCGGCGCCCUCAGAUGGGCGGAUCUGAUCUCUGCGGCCGCUGGGACUGUCCGAACUUCCCCUAACACUGGAUUCCCGGAUCCCGGUACUGCCUGCAGGACUAACCCGACACUAACCGACCACCCAAGCAGGAACUUGUGCCAAGUCUUCCGUAUUUUCCCCAGCUCGGAAUAUAUGGUCUAAAGUGUUUUCGGUGAGCUUUUCUUCAGCUCUGAGUUUGAUCUUAUUAUCUUAGAGCAUCUGCGGCUAGUUAAGUAGCUAGCCUAGCUGCAUUUCAAAACAACUGAGUAAAUUACAGCAGAGGAGUUGCUGAGUUGAGGAAUGGACACAAGUUUGAUUAAGUGGUUAAAGGAGACGGAACUUAAGAAGCAGAACAUGGCGAGAGUUCAACUUGAGGUUGGGUAUUAUUGCAUGUUUUUACAGGAUUAGGGCUUAAAGGGGGCCGACAGGGACUUCUCACUUCCGGCUUGAACCUGCAUUCCUACAGUGUCUUGGAGUAAUCCUUGAAAACGAGGGAAGCUACCAGCCCAUGCAUGCAUUGGUUAAACAAGCAGAAUGGAAUUGUUAUGACGGAGAUGCCAUCUACAUAUCUGGGAAAUCAAGAUUUGGAGACAAAACAACUUGGAUCUCAAACAAAUUGCCCUUUUUUCUGGGUAAUUUGGUUCCUGACGCACUCAUAUCUCAGCAUUUGAGCACCAUCAGCGAUUAAAGAACUGCUCACUUGUAAUCUGAGUCAUUUGAUACUUAACCACAACAAUGUGGUGAUGUGUUUGCACUUGAAGGCGAGGCGACGAAAAGUAAAUUUCACAUAGAUUUUAAGCAAUGGAAAUAUUACUUUGAAAUUUAAAGAGUGUUUUAAGAUGAACUAAGAAUACUGCACGGAGAGUGCAAACGUGUUACGGGCAAUGCAGAAUCACUAAUUCAUAAAUGGGAAUGAACUGAAAUCAAACUGAUGCAUCAUUUCACGCUUGAAUUCUGAGGAAAACUGAUGAUCACACCAUGCUUGUAGUAUUUCACCCAAAACUAUCUACCCUAAACCUCCUGGUACUUUAAGACACAGGAAAGGGAUAUAAAGGACUUGAAAGCUGCUGAACUUGUUUCAUGAGGACACAUUUUGAACAGAAGAAUGGCUGGAAAAGACUACCAUCACCUCUUCAAGCUGCUCAUCAUUGGUGACUCCAAUGUAGGGAAAAGCAGUUUGCUCCUUCGAUUCGCAGACAACUCAUUCUCUGGAAGUUACAUAACCACUAUUGGAGUUGACUUCAAGAUCCGCACAGUGGAGAUUGACGGAGAAAGAGUUAAACUCCAGAUCUGGGACACUGCAGGGCAGGAAAGGUUCAGAACCAUCACCUCGACGUAUUACAGAAACACUCAUGGUGUAAUCAUUGUUUACGAUGUCACAAACCCUGAAUCGUUUGUCAACGUGAAAAGAUGGUUAAACGAAAUCUCACAGAACUGUGACAACGUCUCCAAAAUUUUAGUGGGAAACAAGAAUGAUGAUCCUUCUAAAAAACUGGUAGACACCCAAGAUGCUCAGCGCUUUGGAGAGUCAGUCGGUGUGAGGUUGUUUGAGACGAGCGCUAAAGAGAAUAUCAACGUAGAAGAGAUGUUCAUGGCUUUCACCCACAUGGUCCUUCGGGCCAAAAAACAGAGCCAGAGUCGAGCAGAAAGAGAGAGAGAGAGAGAAAAGGAUACUGUCCAUAUUAAUUCCCACAGGGAUAGAGAGAGGAGGAAGAAAGGGAAGAAAUGCUGUUAGAAGCAGAGGUGUUGGAAGGUAUGGAAAGGAGGACAAAUCGAACACCUUUGCAAAUUGAACACCUUUGCAACUUCGCUCCUUUGCAUCAACUUAGCGGAUCAGAAAUGUGACUUUUUUUUAUGUUAACACUGCGCUUAGAUGAAGCCAAGAGGAAUAAAAAUAAUUCACUAUUAUGUGCCGAACAUCAGCGUUUGUUUACACAGAUGUUUAUCAAUGUAAUGUUUUGUUUUUUUGUUUGUUUGUUUUCUUUUUACAAAAUGGGAAAUGACUGGCAUGUUUUUACACUGGUAUCAAAAGCCUGGUCCAGGAAAGACACUAUUCACAAACUGUCUAAUGUGUUCCACUAUAAUUAGUGAGAGAUGUUUCGUGUUGAAUUAAAAUUGACCUGGUAUAUGUCAUUAAUGUAUGCAAAUAAUAAAUUAGCAAUAAAUCUGAUUUUAAAAAUCACAAA